AGCACACUUGGCUCUCCCUCCUUCUUUUAGUGCUUGAGAAUCCUUGUCACUGGUCCAGUGCUCCUUAUUUUCUGUCUCCCUGUCUGACUCAGUUUCCUUAUAUUUCUUUUUCUCUCUCUACUACUGUCUUCCUAGAGCUAGUGCUCUGUGUGUCUUCACACUUUCGUCUCCCCAGGUAUCUCUGUGUAUCUGCUUUUUAGUCCUGCCUCUCAUGUUCUCUGCAUCUCUGUUUCUCUCUCUGUGCCCCUGUGCCUGACUCCCCUGUUCACCUUUGUCUCUUUGGCUACCUGGGGGCCUGAAAUGGUGAUGAGAUGGGGGAUCUGCCGUGCUAAGAGCUCCCUGGAAGAGGGGGCUUACACUAUGAUGAGGAGUUGCUUUCAGAGAGUGCUGUGACCCCCCCAUCCCAGGGCGGAGUGCUAAGUGUGUGUGUUUGGCUGUGCAAGGAAGAGGGAGAUGUGUGUCUGUGUGUGUGUCUGGGUAUGUGUAAAUGUUUAAGUGUCUGAGCCUGGGUGAGGAUGUCUGAGUGUAUUGGUGUAACUGUGAGUGGCUGUGUCUGAGAGUGUGUGUCUGAGGGUAAGUGUGGGUCUUGUGUAUCUGGCACCAAGGGACCAAAGGCAUUUCCUGGUGCUGGGGCCUGAAGAGUAGCGGGGGAGAUGAGCAGCAGCUACUCAGGGCUGAGCAGCGUCCUGGUGGCCGUGGCUACAGCCCUGGUGUCUGCCUCCUGUACCUGCCCCCAGGCCUGGGGCCCCCCAGGGGUCCAGUAUGGGCAGCCUGGCAGGGCCAUGACGCUGUGUUGCCCUGGAGUGACUGCUGGGGCCCCGGUGUCCUGGUUUCGGGACGGGGAGACAAGGCUGCUCCAGGGACCUGACUCUGAUCUAGGGCACGAACUGGUCCUGGCCCGGGCAGAAAGCACUGACGAGGGCACCUAUAUCUGCCGGACCCUGGAUGGUGCACUUGGGGGCAUGGUGACCCUGCAGCUGGGCUACCCCCCAGUCCGCCCUGUUGUCUCCUGCCAAGCAGCUGACUAUGAGAACUUCUCCUGCACUUGGAGUCCCAGCCAGGUUAGCGGUUUACCCACCCGCUACCUCACCUCCUACAGGAAGAAGACGGUACCAGGAGCCGAUGGCCAAAGGAUGAGUCCAUCCACAGGGCCCUGGCCAUGCCCACAGGACCCCCCAGGGGCUGCCCGCUGUGUGGUCCAUGGGGCAGAGUUCUGGAGCCAGUACCGGAUCAAUGUGACUGAAGUGAACCCCCUGGGGGCCAGCACACGCCUGCUGGAUGUGAGCUUGCAGAGCAUCUUGCGCCCUGACCCACCCCAGGGGCUGCGGGUAGAGUCGGUACCUGGCUAUCCUCGCCGCCUGCGUGCCAGCUGGACGUACCCUGCCUCCUGGCCCCGCCAGCCCCACUUCCUGCUCAAGUUCCGGCUGCAGUACCGUCCAGCACAGCAUCCAGCCUGGUCCACGGUGGAACCGGCUGGAUUGGAGGAGGUGAUCACGGACGCUGUGGCUGGGCUGCCCCAUGCCGUGCGGGUCAGUGCCCGGGACUUUCUGGACGCAGGCACCUGGAGCGCCUGGAGCCCCGAGGCCUGGGGUACUCCGAGCACCGGACCCCUACCGAAGGAGAUACCAGCUGGGGGCCAGCAACACGCGCAGCCAGAGGAAGAACCUCAGGCGGUUAGCCCUGCUCCCCCAAGACCGUCCCUCCUACCAGACCCGCGGCCACUUGACCACAGAGACGCCCUGGAGCAGGUGGCUAUGCUGGCAUCUUUGGGAAUAUUCUCUUUCUUGGGACUGGUGGCUGGGGCCCUGGCACUGGGGCUCUGGCUGAGGUUGAGACCAUGUGAGAAGGAUGGACCCCAAAAGUCUGGGUUCUUGGCCCCGAUGAUUCCGGUGGACAAGCUUCCAGGAGUCCCAAACCUGUAGAGGAUCUUGGAAAGCUUCAGCUGAUGCCACCUAUAACUCUGUCUUGCUGGUGUGGAUGGACAGACAGGUGGAACCCAGGCAGGACAGUAGAUCCCCACGGAGUGGGGUUCUCAGCUGGAAAUUCUGUUUGGAGCUCAUUUCUAUGAGACUCUGUGUUCCCAACUUGCCAGCUGAAAGGUGCCUGGACCUCUGGCUUCAUCUCAGAGUUGGCAGCCCACCUGAGGAAUGUGUGUAGAUGUGUAUGUCUGUGUCCAUGUGUGUCCACGUGUAUGUGAGGCAGGGAACAUGUGUUCUCUGCAUGUAUGUAUAUAGGUACCUGGGGAGUGUGUGUGGCUCCUUGGCUCUCGGCCUUGCCCCUGGCGGGGGUUGUGAAGGUGUGAAUAAAGAGAAUGAGGAGGUU